UGCAGUCACCUACCGGCCUGCCGACGUGGCGGGGCGGAAGAGGAGCCGCUAGCUGGCACCAAACGGAUCACCAUGUCCCAGGCUGCCCCCUCUGAUGCAGACCCCUCUGCAGACACCACCCACCCACCUGACCAACCCCCCCACACUGAAUCCGGCUCCUGCGAGGAUGUCCCAGCAGCCCCUGCACCACCCUCAGCCCCUCUGCAGCCUCCUUUGAUCCCUGAGAGUUUCAGCCCCCCACAGUCCACCGAGGAGAUGACCACAGAGGACCCCACCACCGCGACUGACAUUUCACAGGGCCAGACUGACCAACUAGAGCGUGUCGCUGAGGAUCAGGUGGUAGAAUGUGACCAACCAGUGAGCCUGGAGCCAGACACAGAGGCUGCAGAGGAGGAUGCAGAGAGGUCACUUGAGGAGAGAGACAAAGGCUGGGGAGGUUGGAGUUCAUGGGGAAAAUCUCUUCUGACUAGUGCCACCUCCACAGUGGGUCAUAGCCUGACCUCAGUAAAGGUGAAGGCAGGAGAGGCUCUGCGUCUCCACAGGACCUCAGUAGGAGAGGAGGUGCGAGAAGAGGAGGAGGGGGCAGAGGUGAAGAGAGAUGAAGGAGGAGAGAGUGGAGAGGCUGACUUGUCCAGUUCAGGGGAGUCUUCUUCUGUGAUUGCAGCAGCUUCUAGCAGAGGUGUUUUCUCUACAAUCACACAUGCUGUGCAGAACACAGGUAAGUCAGUGAUCAGUGGAGGUCUGGAUGCCUUGGAGUUCAUUGGAAAAAAGACCAUGACUGUUCUUGCUGAGAGUGACCCGGGUUUCAAAAAGACCAAGACCCUGAUGCAGAAGACUGCAUCACUAAGUCAGAUGUUGAAGGAAGCCAAGGAGAAGGAGCGCGCACGUCUGAGCAACCAGCCCAUCAGUGCACCCACAGCUCACUAUGGUAUUCUGUUUGACGACUACCAGGGCUUGUCACACCUCGAGGCCCUGGAGAUCUUGUCCAAUGAGAGUGAGGCCAAGGUUCAAGCAUUCCUGUCGUCCCUGGUUGAAGAGCAGCAGGAGGAGGUGAAGAAGGAGCUGAUUUUAAUCAAGGAUAUUUUCAUCAAGCAAGAGGAAGAGGAGGAGGAGGAAGGAGAGGGAGAAGGAGAAGGAGAAGGAGAAGGAGGACAGACGAAGGAUAAUGGUGAUCUAAGUUCCCAAUUACACUCUUCUACCCCCCUAUCUGCUGAUGGAGAGGAGUUUGUGAGUGUUCUCACUGAGCUGCUGUUUGAGCUUCACGUUGCUGCCACACCAGACAAACUCAACAAGGCUCGGAUGAGGGCCCAUGAUUGGGUGAACGAGGUGGAACAGCCUGUCACUACGGAGACAGUUGGCGGGGAAACGCAGGACCAGCCGGGAGGAGAGGCCUCGUCUGUAGUGAACAAAAAGGAGGAGAAGAAGAGAGAUGGAGAGGAGCAGGUGGAGGAGAUGAAGGGAGAAGAGGAGGAAAAGAAGGAGAAAGAGAACGACCCCAGAUCUGUAGAGGUUGUCUACCUGUCAUCAGUAGGCAGUCUGGCAGAAGUGACGGCUCGCAGUAUCGAGCAGCUCCACAAGGUGGCAGAGCUCAUCCUCCACGGCCAGGAGUUAGAGAAACCAGCCAGAGACCAGGCACACAUCCUCGCUAGGCUGACAUGUGCCAUGUGUAAGGAGGUGGAGUGUUUGGCCAGGAAGUUCUCGGACACUAUGCUUCUGGUUGGGGGCCAGAAGAAAGCAGAGGAGUUGAAUCCACUGGUAGACAGUGUGCUGCUAGAGGGCUCCAACAGUACCAACUACAUCCAGAAUGCAUUUCAGCUGCUGCUUCCCGUCCUGCAGAUCUCCCACAUCCAGAGCCAACACUGCCGACCCACCACAGACCCAGCUGCACAGACACAGCACUAACACACACACACACACGUGCCACCUGCUCACCCGCUUGUCUUAAUAUAUCUAUUGUUGUACAGUGACUUAUAGAGAUUAGAUUAUUCCAGAUUACACGCUUAUAUCAACAUUAAGUGCCGCAGCAACAGGCAGAAGAUGUUUAGAUAUGCAGAAUAUAAUCUUGAAGAUAACAAUUUAAUGAACAGAUACAUGUGGUAAUGAGCCACAUGCAGGUUGUAUGUGUGUUUCUUCCACCUUGUAUCUCUGAAUGUUAUUCUGUCUCUGUUUGAUAUUUUUGCUUUGAGGAACCAAACAUUGUCCAGAGCUGAAUCAGUUUCAGCUGUGACUCAUUCUGUCUGACAAACAAAGAUGUUUCUCUAACAUUUCCAAAAUACUGAACCAAAAACAAAACAUGAUAACUGAUUGUGUUGAAGGGAUUCUUCAUUAAUGUAUAUUAAGCUUUCUUUGCACUCCUUGUAAUUUUAACAGAAAGAACUUUGAAUAACACUAAUGAAAUGUAUGUUUUGCUGAAUUGUUCUGAAAUCUCGACUGAGACAAAACGCCAGUAUUAAUGAUGAUACACCACAAUCUUUGUUGUUUCUUUUUCAUUUUGUUUUUUUUUUUACGUUAAAUUAUAUGAAGCGACACUACCUUAUAUUUCACUCUUAUCUAGUUUGAUUUGAACAGAAAAUACUUUGAAUUAGGAAACAUUUUGUUCUCCUUCUCCCCUCUUGUGUACACUCAUAAAAAGUAGUUUGACAUUUCUUUGGGAAAAAGCAAAUAAGUACAUUUCCCACCUUGAAGAAGGCAGUAGCCAAAACAUGUAGUGUGUUUAAACUUUUUCUUGCCCUCUGGAAUAAAGGCUUUUAAUAUUGUUUUACCAGGAUCACUAGAUUUACAUACUCUUUGAUCCUCAGAGGUAAAUAUAUCAACCAUUUUCCGCUUGACAACUGGUGGAUUUUCAGCAGCAGUCCUGAGGUGCUCACAGUGCAUCUGUUUUUUGAAUAUCCAGUGUUAAAUUGACUCUUACCUUCCAGCCAGCAGUUAUUUAGACCUCUCUCUUCCCCUUCUUUACCCCCCCCCCCCUUUAGAAAUACACUGAUACAGGCAAGAAAGUUAUUAGGCAAAGAAAAUAUUAGUCAGUCCUGUCAUAAUGUUUUGGCUCCUCGCAGCUACUGCAAGAUGGGGUAAGAUUGUUUAUCAGCCGCGCUUCUGCCUUAGAAUAUAAAAUGAUUUGUAAUGUGAUCUGGAAAAUAUUUUGGGAGCAAAAGUCAUUUAUUUAACUUUGGACAGUUUACUAAUGUGUUUAGACUGCCCUCUAAUAAAAUGCCCUAAGACUGUUUGAGGAUGACAUGUUGAAAAUAAACAGUUUAACCAUC